AUGCAAGUUCUAGGAAAUGAUGAAGAUCUGAUCUUCAUCCCUGCUCUCCAAAGAGAACAUGAGCCUCCCGAGUUAGAGUCUGAGGAAGAAACAGCUCUGACUCAAGAACUAGAGAUUCCAGAGGGAGAGGAUGAGGAAGAGAAUGAUGAAGAGAAGGAGGCUGACAUUGCUGAGGAGAAUGAAGACCUUUGCCCAAAGGAAGAGGAUGUAGAGUAUAUACAGGGUACUCCAGGAUGUAAGACCUGCAGGUUCCUGGUUGUCAGGAAGGCAAGGAGAUUCAGAAGAGCUCGGCACAUCUGCAGACGUUGCUAUAAGGGCCAUCUGGUCUCUAUCCACAGCUUCCAAACCAACAACCGAAUCCUCUGUUCAGUUAGAGGAAUCAACCGGGGUCAGGUCUGGAUUGGAGCCAAACUCAAGGGCUGGUUUUGCAAAAGAUUUCGAUGGAUUGACGGGAGUUCUUGGACAUUUUCUAACUGGGCAGCAGGCCAACCUGGAAGAGGUGGGGGCCGCUGUGUAGCCUUAUGUACCCGAGGGGGCCAUUGGCGCCGAGCCCCAUGCCGCCGUCGCCUACCUUUUGUCUGCUCUGUCUGAGCUGGUUCCACUGAAGAAUUCAGUCGAGACCCACAUGAUGAUGCCUCUGCAGAACCUGAUUCAAACCCUGGCUCUUCCCCUUUGCUUUUUCUGUUUCCCUGAAAUAAACCAGAUUUCUUAAAGCUCAAAA